AUGCUCAAAUUGAUUGCCUUUACUCAAGUUCUACAACCUGAGAAAGAAUUGGUCAUACAGUGUGAUGCAAGCGAAGGGGGACUUGGGGCUGCUUUAUUGCAAGAUGACAGACCAAUAGCUUAUGCAAGUCGAGCACUCAAUUCGACUGAGCGUAAUUACGCUCAAAUUGAGAAGGAACUCUUGGCGAUUGUGUUCGCGGCAGAACGAUUUUAUCAGUACACAUUUGGAAGACCAGUAUGCGUUGACUCUGACCACAAACCAUUGGAAACCAUAUUUGUGAAGCCUCUCGUUUCUGUGCCCAGACGAUUACAGAGAAUGUUGAUGCGGCUACAAAUGUAUGACCUGAGUGUGAGAUACAAAAGAGGAACUGAAUUAUAUCUUGCAGAUACGCUAAGUAGACACUAUCUGACAGCGGUACAAGAGACCGGAGAAGCAAAUGUUCUGAAUUACUUGUCAGAUGUGGAGAUAGAGCAGGGAGAGCAUGAGGAAAUCAUGGAGAUCAACCAAUUGUUGGCGAGUGAAGAUGUUGCUAACAUGUAUCGAGAUAAAACAGAUCAAGAUGAAGAUUUGCAGGUGUUAAAGAGAGUCAUACAGUCCGGAUGGCCUGUGGUUAUAAUAUGA